AUGCAUAUGGGUAUAAAUUGUGGUACUCAGGAGGCGCGAAGGGCAAGAAUGGAGUGUGGUACUCCGCCUACGGAGAAGUUAUUUAUAGGAGGGGAUAUCAAUGGUCAUAUUGGAUUGUCUGUUGGUGGCUAUGGCGAGGUGUACAGUGGCUUCGGCUUUGAGGAUAGGAACGGAGGAGGUACUUCAUUGUUGGAUUUCUCUAGAGCUUUUGAGUUGGUGAUCAUGAACUCUAUUUUUUCGAAGAAGGAUGAGCAUUUGAUUACUUUUCGGAGUAUGGUGGCUACGACUCAGAUUGACUAUCGCAUCCUCAAGAGGUGUGAUAGGGGGUUGUGUAAGGAUUGUAAGGUAAUCCCGAGUGAGAACCUCGCGACUCAACAUAAGCUCCUGGUGAUGGACGUUGGUAGCUUAAUAAAGAGGAAGAAGAGGCUUGUACAGGGCCAACCGAGGAUCAGGUAG